AUGUGUGACAAGGAUAUGUGCAAUUCUGUUAUUGAAAAGUUAAAUAAUACUAAGACCGAAACUCAAGUUGAAGUUGCUACAAACCCUCCAAACUCUGUUGUGAUUGCUGAACCUCUUCCACCUAAACCUCCAGCCACUCAAAACUUUGCUUUUGGGAAAUAUUAUGGCAAUCAGUUUUUGAUUAUUUUCAUGUUGAUCGUUGGACGUUGGGUUGGGCUUCAUCUUCAGACUGGGAUUGGUAACAAAAUUAAGAAUAUUUAA